AAAAUACCGGCAUGUAACACAAUCCAUAAGAGUUAUUUCCUAUGUCUGUCAAAGAGUACUGACUUUGAACCGGUUUGGUAACUUCCUCCAGUGUACAAUUGUAGACCGAUAGACACCUUUCCAGUAUACGACACACUGACAGUAAGAACGCCAUCGCCAUCUGCGCGCAUUCAACAUAGCCUACAUUUACGUUUGUAUUACUUCUUUAAAAAAACUUUUUGGGGCUCCCAUAAGCUUACAAUUAUGUUUUGAUUCUUGCUUGAACAAUCGCUAAGAUUAUUUGGUUGUGAUAGUUGCAAAAUGUCUAUUUUGGAUGCAGCAGUUGUUAGCUAGAAUGCUAACGCUCAUUGAUAUUGGCUAUAGCAAAAUCCAUUUUACUGGUUGAAGGUGAAGUGUUUUUUAAAAGUAUAAUGCAGGUGAUUUGCGAAGACACAAGCAUUAUUAUUAAGCAGGACAUUCAUACAAGGUUUAAAAUCCAAUUAUAAUCCAAAAGUAGUAUGAAAUGCACUCAUAAGCAACAUGUAAAUAUAGGCUUUUUCCCCAUGUUCUAUAAGAACUUCCCCUUGAUCUGUCACUAACUUUCGCGUAUCGCCAUCGCGAGGCAAUGUUUGCAAACACAGAAACCUGUCCAUAGACACCUUUCCAGUGACAUCAUAUCAUACUAUCCUCUCUCAGCCAGCGCUCCAACCAGCAGCCGAGGAUUGGCCAAUGGCCAGAUAGCGUGAGCUCUGCUCACCGAUGUGCUGUUCCUGAUUGGACGGUUCAGAUACAGAGAGGGCGGGACACCAAUCCUGCGAACCCGAAGUUCCUACCUAUCUCAUUAUCAUAUAAUAUUUAGCAUCCUCUGAAACCAUCUGAAAUGUCUGGUGGAAUAAUUGUAAUGGUUUUGAAUACUUUUCUUUUUGAUUAACGGAUAUAUUUGAAAUAUUACUAGGCCUACGAUCUGCUAAAGCAACUGAAAUAGGAUGCUCAAUUGUCUACGCCAGUAGAUGGGAUAUUUGCUAUUUUUGAAACAACUGUUGAACUGUGAUAAUAUUUUAUUGCGUACUUUAUUCGAUUCCAUGAUCUCAGCUACUUUUUUUUUUUGCAAUUUAGUUUCAGGUUAUAGGUUAGGAAACAUUCUGAGCAGUGGUCAUUUAUUGAAUGAGUUAGCCUAUUCAUUUCAAGUAGCCUAGUUUAAUAAUAGAAUAAAGAUGUGGACUUUUCUUGGAAUUGCAAGUUUCACCUACAUUUAUAAGAAAUGCGACGCAGUUUUGGAGUAUGCUCACAAAGAGUUAAUCCUGGCGGCUGUAGUGUUCUUGGCAGUGGGGAUGCUGCUAUCCUAUGUCAGGUACCACGGACAUACAUGCAAGGUACCCCAAAUUCUACAAUUACCGCUGGAACUUUUAUUAUCCCUACCGGUCAUCAAUACAUUUAUACCGAAACCCUCAGCUGUCAGGCACAGGAGUGGAGAGAGCGCGUCAACGAAGGGAGGUGGCAGGAGGAAAAGAGUGUGUUCCUCAGCCAUGGAGAGCCCCCCAGCAACAGGGGACUCUCCUGCAUCUCAGGAGCCGGAUGUGAUCAUAGUAGGGGCGGGAGUCCUGGGGUCGGCCAUGGCUGUAGUGCUGGCCCGGGACGGCCGGAGGGUCACUGUGAUAGAGAGGGACCUGAAGGAGCCUGACAGGAUAGUGGGAGAGCUGCUGCAGCCUGGUGGAUACAGGGCCCUGCGAGAACUGGGAAUGGAGGAUUCAGUGGAGGGGCUGGAUGCCCAUGUGGUGAACGGCUAUGUGAUUCAUGACAUCGAGAGCAGCACAGAGGUGGAGAUCCCAUAUCCCCAGGCAGACAGCAGUAUCCAGUGUGGCAGGGCCUUUCACCACGGACGCUUUAUCAUGGGCCUGCGCAGAGCCGCCCUCGCUGAGCCAAAUGUUACGCUCAUAGAGGGCACCGUGUCCAGCCUGGAAGAAGAGGAUGGCUGUGUGACAGGAGUGCAGUACAGGGACAAGGAGACAGGAGACACAAAGGAGGUCCAUGCAGCAGUAACUGUAGUAGCUGACGGCUGUUUCUCAAAGUUCAGGAAGAGCCUGGUAGCUGGGAAGGCCCAGACCUCCUCUCACUUUGUUGGAUGUAUCAUGAAGAACUCUCCCCAGUUCAAGCCCCACCAUGCUGAGCUGGUCCUGGCUAACCCCAGCCCUGUCCUCAUCUACCAGAUCUCCUCCUCAGACACCAGGGUGCUGGUGGACAUCAGGGGAGAGAUGCCCAGGAACCUCACCGAGUACAUGGCUGAGAAAAUACACCCACAACUACCAGAACACCUAAAGGAGCCGUUCAUGGUGGCUCUGCAGAACGACCGGCUGAGGUCUAUGCCAGCAAGCUUCCUGCCUCCGUCCCCAGUCAACAAGCCAGGUGUGCUCCUGCUGGGUGACGCCUACAACAUGAGACACCCUCUGACCGGAGGAGGGAUGAGUGUGGCCCUCAACGAUGUCCUGAUCUGGAGGAGCCUGAUGAAGAACAUCCCUGACCUGUACGACAACACAGCCAUGCUCCAGGCAAAGAAAAAAUUCCACUGGGAACGCAAGUCAUCACAUUCCUUUGUGGUGAAUGUGUUGGCUCAAGCCCUGUACGAGUUGUUUGCUGCAACAGACAAGUCUCUGCACCAGCUGAGAAAGGCAUGCUUCCUUUACUUCAAGCUGGGUGGGGAGUGUGUCAACGGUCCCAUUGGUCUUCUUUCAGUGUUGACGCCCCAUCCGAUGACUCUGAUUGGACACUUCUUUGCCGUGGCCUUGUACGCCAUCUACUACAACUUCAAGUCUGAGUCGUGGUUCACCAAACCCCGAGCCUUAUUCACGAGUGGAGCUAUCCUGUACCGCGCCUGUACUGUCAUGUUUCCCCUCAUCUACUCUGAGUUCAAGUACCUGGUGUACUGAGCAGUGAUCUAAUCUGAGCCCUAACCCAGUGGAACGCACACCAGCCUUAGACAACAGGGUCGUAUUCAGUAGUUCACAAACGUAGCAAAACAUUUUGCAAUGGAAUACGAAGAUGUUCAGGUUGUCUCCUACACUGUUUCUGCCUGUUUUCUUCCAUUUAGUUUCUAGUGAAUACAUUUACUGAGCAGUGCCAUCACUGACCCCUGGUGGAGAACACACACACACACCACCAGCCUUAUGGUGACAUGACAUACAAACAGUGACCUAAAGAUACACUAAGCAAGUGUAGUUAUCUGUCAAGUGGGUGUGGGGAGGCAUGCCACUUUCUGUCCAAUGAUGUCAUUUCUGGACAAUGUUUCUGUCCAUUUACGCCAGGGAUCCCUUUUGUCUCAAGCACACCCCUAGAGACAAAAGUUCUGUAUAGCCUCUUUAAUAUUACACCAUCCUAUCAUCACUGUCAACAGGGAUCUUGUACAGGUCUCUAAAGUGACCAUUAUUCAGUGCUGAAGCCUUUGACCUUGAUCAUAUGUCUUUAUCUCUGCCUAAAGCUCUGCCCAAUGAUAAGACGUCUUCUGAGGACGAGGUCUAAAUUGACGGUGACAAUUAUUUAGUAAUGCCUUGUAUAUUCAGAAUUUACAUCACAACCAUGCAUUUACGUAGUGUAACAGACAAUGUGUAAGAGGUUUGCGUUAGCAACUCUUAAUUGCAAAUAACCAGCAGGACUGACUACAGGUGUCUGUUUAACCACUUUGCUGCUAACUGAACAUGAGGACAAAACAUGUCCUUCCUGCUUUGUGUUCCAUCUUCUCUCCAUGCCAAUGGCUCAAAAAACAGUUGGCUGUUUGUCUACCCUUAUUCCAAACGGUAUCCUUAUUUUGUUCUGAAAAAGCAUGUUCCUUGUGCAUUAUUUUAACUGUACAUGUACAAUCAAAUGAUUGUAUUAAACUGUUUGAUUGGUUCAAGUCAGAUCACCUGUCCUUAACUUUUGCCAAGUUACAGUUUUCCUGCCUUAAAUGAGGUUUUACACAUUGUGACAAGGGAUCCACCCCAACACAUCUCUGGUACUUGUUUAAAAAGUCAUUCUUCAGCUGUGAACACCUGCUGGAAUAAAAGCGUGACUUAAUGCCUGUCUGAGGAUUGGAGUGUCUAGAAAUCACAAGUGACACACAUUCACCCUCCUGUAAGCCUGGAGGGGAGGGUUGCAACACAAAGAGCACAAUGAGAUAGUUGAAUGUAGCCCAGCCACAAAACAAGUCCCUGACCAAUGGUCCACUGUCCCAUCCAGCUCUUCAGCAUUUAGGGAGGAAUCAUGACAGAAUUUUGCACUGUGUUGGUGAGAAUAUUUACUCUGAAUUGUAUUUGGCUUAAUUUCUUGUUUAAUAAAUGAUCCAUUAGAGUUAAAUAUC